CAACUUAUACACUAAGUACUUAGGCUUAACCGGGAGACUAACACUUAUAAAGACACUUACUUUAUUGGAGCAACAAAGUUACAAAGGAACACACACCUUUAAGUGGCUAGCCUAGCACUCACCCUUCUAGCCCUACCACAACUCAUCUACCUUGUUCAUGGAUGGAUGCCAUGGCAAGGAGGAGGGCUCUAUUUAUAGGUCAAGGGGAACCAUGGUAUUAGGACAAGUGUCCCCCUUCUAGAGAAUUCCAAAAAUAUUCUAACAUUUUCAAAAUUUUACUUAUUACUAAUUUUAGAGUACUCCAUGGAAAAUAUCUCAUUCUUGCUUAGUGGAGAAUGUUCUAGAGGGUUGCCUUGCAUUCCUUUCAAUAAUGACGAUGACGAAGCAGAGCUUGUUGUGGACAAGGACUUGAGGGCCCAUGCUAUCCAGUCAAGGGUUGUUAAAGGUCAACCCAAGAAGAAGACCAGAGUGAGCUCCAGUGCAUCAACCUUGAGGCCGACGUCCAGACCAGCUGCAGGCACAUUGGUGGUGUGCCCUGCUAGCGUUCUUAAGCAGUGGGCUAGUGAGUUGUCUGCGAAGGUUGCCCAUCGCGCAGAAUUGUCUGUUCUGGUUUAUCAUGGAGGUUCAAGGACUAGAGAUCCAACUGAGCUGGCAGAAUUUGAUGUUGUUGUCACUACAUACGCAAUUGUAUCCCUUGAAGUGCCAAAAGAAAUCACUGGUAGUGUGAGUAAUAAGAGGAAACUUGAGAAAAAUGCAGCAGCCAAGGCAAAGAAGAAAAAGAAACCUAAGAAUUCAGAAGGUGGCCCACUUUCGAUGGUACGAUGGUUCAGAGUUGUGCUAGAUGAAGCUCACACAAUAAAAAGACAUCAGACUCAAAUGGCUAAAGCCUGUUGUGGAUUGAGCGCAGAAAGGAGAUGGUGCUUAUCUGGAACACCUAUCCAGAAUAGCCUUGAUGAUCUAUACAGCUAUUUCCGCUUCCUGAAAUAUGAGCCUUACUCUAAUUUUAGUUCAUUCCGCUCUAUGAUUAAAAACCCAGUUUCUAGAAAUGCAACUUAUGGCUAUAAGAAGCUUCAAACUGUCUUGAGGAUAGUUCUUCUGCGGCGCAUAAAAGAAAUGCUACUUGAUGGAGAGCCAAUCAUAAACAUACCACCAAAGACAAAUCAGUUGAGCAAAAUAGAUUUCACCAAGGAGGAGCGAGCUUUCUAUUUAUAUCUUGAAGAAAGCUCUCGUCAAAAGUUAAAGGGACGCUAUAAAAAGUACAUUCAGAAAAACUAUGUGCGCAUCCUGGCCUUGCUGUCUCAACUUCGGCAGGCUUGUAACCACCCUUUCCUUUUGAAGGGGAAAAAAUCAUUUGACCACUCUCUCGGAUUGGCUAAGCAACUUCCUGUGGAAAUAGCAGCAAAUGUGCUUGAAAAUAUGGAAAGAAAUGCUGCGAAUUGUACCAUGUGCAGUAAGAAGCCACCAACGAAAGCUGUUGUAGCAACAUGUGGUCAUGUUUUCUGCUGUGAUUGUGUAUAUGAUAAUCUAAUAAACAAUGAGAAGGUUAAAGAGAAGGUCUGCCCCGCUUCUCCACACUGUGGAAAGGAAUUAAGUCCCGAAUCUCUUUUAUUAGCUUACGCUUUGAAGUUCGUUCUCCGGCCUCAGUUGGAGUCAGAUGCAACAACGAGUUGCUCCACAUCUGAGGACCAACCAUUCUCAAUCUGUGAAAGUAGUUACACCUCCUCGAAGAUCCAGGCCACCAUCGACAUAAUCAAGUCGGUCAUCAACACAAGGAAUGAUCAUGAUGCAACGGGAUCAAUUCCAAGUGACAUAGCUCCCUCUAAGGCCAUAGUCUUCACCCAGUGGUCUCGCAUGCUGGACUUGCUGGAGCAUUCACUGAGCAGCAACCAUAUUGAGUUCAGGAGGUUGGACGGGUCGAUGCCUCUGAACGUAAGAGAAAGAGCAGUGAAAGAAUUUAACACUGACCCAGAGGUGAGAGUGAUCAUUAUGUCACUGAAGGCUGGGAAUCUUGGCCUGAACAUGGUAGCUGCUUGCCAUGUGAUCAUGCUUGAUCCUUGGUGGAACCCCUCAGCUGAGGAUCAGGCAGUUGACAGGGCACAUAGGAUCGGGCAGACCCGUCCUGUUAGUGUCUCCCGUUUGACCAUCAAAGACACGGUGGAGGACCGCAUUUUAUCUCUUCAGGAGGGAAAAAAGAAGAUGGUCCAAUCUGCACUGGGCGAGGACGAAUCCGGUGGCAGCGCUGCAGCUCAGCUCACCGUGGAGGAUCUCAAAUACAUCUUCAAGAUAUGACGACACCAUGUAAAAAAGAAAUUGCAAGGAUCCUUCCUUUCCUAGGGCUGAUGAUCAAUAUUUAUCGCCACGAUAAAUAUGCAGCCAUUCAAGCUAGCUAUAGGUCACUUCCUUAACUGAUGAAGAAAGCAUGUACAUGAAAGAAGAAAACACUUGCUUGGCUAGUGAUAUGGACCUUUAGGCUGUGCAGGUUUAAGCACGCCAUCCCCUCAUCAAAUGCCAUCAUGAUAAUCUUAGUACCACAGAUGUUA